CUACUUAGUAAACCUUCAUUUACACACCAGUCAGUUAAUGCUCUUUUCCCCUUCCGUUCCAAAUUGUACAGAAACUUUAAAUUAAUUACCACAUUCAGCCGUUUUACUGUCUAAACCACCAAACAAGCGACGAACUUCCUAACCAACACACACCGCAAGCCCUUACAAAUCUUUUCCCCGUCAUUCAAAUUCACUGCAAUCACGCAACCAAUUAUGUCAUAAUAGGGUUUCCAUAACAUUCAACUAUUCGCGUUACCAUAAAUGAAAUGACUUUGCAAUAAAUAAAACAAGAAUGUCGCGAUAAUACAAGGCAACCCUUAAAUCUAUUCUAACCGAUUUACAUAGUAGUCAUUAUUAGUAUCCUGUUUGUACGAAGGAAAUGCAUAUGAUCAAACGCAAAGAUCGUUCAGAUGGCUUUGAAUGGGUUUAUCGCAAGAAAGGUUUAUGCAAGAAAUGCCACUGACAAUCCGCCACUAUGGAAGAUAUUUUUUUAUUCUUUAUUUUUUGGGAAUUUACGUUGUGAUGGCAGUAUACAGGUUCUAGUUCAGAUAAUUUUAGAAAGUUCUUGGAUGCCGUUAAGGAAUUUUGUGUGCUCAGUCUAAAGACGCAGAAAUUUCUAAAUAAGAAUGUGAUCCAGAUUCAACUAAGUUGAUCAAAAAGCGCAUUUUGAUGCGAAUGACUGCUGCGUCUAACUCAGAGCUUCAGAACAUCCUUCAGAAAUUAGAUACCAGUUAUCUUUUGGCAAGCAAAAGUGUAAUGAGACAAAGAAUAUGUGAUAUAUGUACCACUGAUAGUUCUGCUGCUGAAUAUGUAUUAAAAAGGCAAAUGGAAACAAGAUGUUCCUAUAAUUAUAUUUGUGUCAUUGACUUUGAAGCAACUUGUAUAAAUUGCUCAAGUAAAACUUUCUAUCCGCAUGAAAUUAUUGAAUUUCCAGCUGCAAUUAUAGAUAUCAAGAAGUUAAAAAUUGUGGAUUUCUUUCAUUCAUUUGUCAGGCCUGUUUUGAAUCCUAAACUAUCUGAUUUUUGCAAAAAUUUAACUGGUAUCUCUCAGGAAGAAGUGGAUAGUGCUGAAAGUUUUACAAGUGUACUAAUCAGUUUUUCUAAUUGGAUCAAGAAUUACACUAUGAGAGGCAAAACUGUAAUCCUGACAGAUGGGACCUGUGAUAUUGGAAAAUUUUUAGUUUUGCAGUGUCUUAUCAGCCAGAUAGAUUUUCCUUCUUGGGCUGUUCACCACAUUGAUGUCAAAGAUAUUUAUCAGAAAGCAUAUAAAUUAGAAAAAAGCAAACUUACUGAUAUGCUUCUGUCGUGUGGGAUGGAUUUUGAAGGAAGGCUGCAUUCGGGGAAAGAUGAUACUAAAAAUAUUGCAAGACUUGCUAUAGCUAUGUUAAAAGAUGGUGCUAAGUUCCAUGCUAAAAUCUUUUCUCCUGGAGUACAGAUGAAAUUGUUUCGAAACAAAGUUAAUGCUUAUAAAAGAACAAGAGCAGAAUCUUCAAAAACUUCAAAGAAAUCAGCUAAACGUAAAAGUGCAUCACAAGCUAAAACUAGUCAAGUGGAAUCCUGCAAUAAUGCAUCUAUGGAUAUUGAUCCUGACUUAAAAGAAACAGAAUAUAUUCUGAUGAAAUUUAAACGUUUAUGAGUGUGUAGAAUUCUGUUAUAAUAUUUUAAUAUUUCAAAGUACUGCAGUUAAAUGUAAUUAAGAGAGAUGGAACUUGGUCUUUAAUGCAUAUCAGUUUGAUUUAACUUUGUAUGUAUUUAGAAAACAACAUGUUUGCCAUUUUUACAUUAUGUAAAAUAGUUAAAUUUUCUAGCUCAAAUAGUAAAAUUAAUACCAAAAAUGUAACAUUAGACACAAUUUUAGGUGCUGGUGGAUUCUUCUUCAUUUUGACGUGCUGGUUCCUGAAUUAGUUAAGAAUUUUUCAUGAAAACUUUCUAUUGAUAUACCACAUGAUAGCUUGUGAACUAAACUGAAGUUUAUUUAACUGGCAAACAUGUUUUUAAACUGCUUGGCUAAGUAAAGGCAUAUUUAACAUCAUGCUCAUAACCUUUUUAUCCUCAUUAUUGCUUUUCCUCCUUGAAGGUAAUCAUCAUUAUUUAUUCAUAUGUCAUUAUUUUUAAAUGCCUCGUAAAAUGUUUUAGAUUGUAAAUUUUUUGUAACAGAUAUUUUGCAUAUGAAGGUAAUACAUUUUUUGAGAUUUUUAUCAGUAUAUUUAUUAUAUUUGAUAUAAAAGUGUUAUACAGUUAAUUUCUGUCAUCUGUCAGUUAUGAAACUUAAAGCAUUUAACAAAAUAUAUUUUGGCAACAAAAUAAAACUCAAAUGAAAUUUAAGUAGAAUUACAAAAUUUUUGCAAAGUGACCUUCAUGUGAAGUUUGCUGCUAUUUUUAAUCCAUGUUUUUUAAACUUUCAUUUAAAUUUUGAAGCAUUAUUGCAAUGAUAAGGAAAUUUUGAAUUUACAAUUGAGUUUAUGUGAUGUCCUGUUACAAAACUGAUUUGUUAAAAGGUGUUCUGUGUUUAAUAUACGUUUACCUUAUUGUAUUUUUAUAACUGUUAAAAUUUAUUAAUAAAGAAUAUAUUGUUACAGUU